AUGGGGGAUGAUUCCGCAGAAAUAGAGCCCGGUCUUUUAGGUACGAGUGAUAUUUAUAAUGUAAAAAUUUUCUCACAUGCCGCGACAACUUCCGUCAAGAUUGGGUGCUUAUAUCAGUUUUUCAACGUGAGCUGAAUUUGUUUGCGUUUAUGCGAUCAUGUCCACAGAAAAUGUACAGUUGGCGAUCAGGAGGAACAUAGAAUUAGCCUUCAUCAAGAAAGGGACUAUAGAAUUCAAGGGCGACCGCUCAGAGGCUAGAAUUUUGGUGAGUAUUUGUCAAACAAACAGGGUGUUUGUCGUAGACCUUAGCAAUAGGGUUUCUGAGCAUGAACGGUUUCAUUUCUCAACUUGAGAUAUUCGUGUCUCUUUGUAACCAUUGUUGCGUGUUCGUGGUCGAUUUAUGGUUUUGAAAUCAUAAUUUUGUUCCAGUGAUUGUGUUAUGGACCUUUACUCCGGCCAAUUUAUUGAGUCAAAACAUUCCAGCAGUAGCAAUUGUUCUCUCCACAAACGAUCACCGUGGGUAGUUUAGCGAUCUGUAAAGUUUCUUCCCGUUUGUUGAGACUGGCAAGCAACAGGAAAGCUGAUGAUAUCUUGGUGAUUUUAUCGAAAACUUAACUCAAGCUUUCGGUUUCUGGCUUUUCGGAUUUUUUUUGCUUUGUUUCAUGGCAGUAGAGGAGAUCAUCGGCUCUAAUCUCGUGAUUGCAAACCUAACAAUAUUACGAGUGGUUGGUUUCGUUUGUGUGUAUCCAUCGUGGAGCAGAAAAAUUCCUUUGAGAAAGAUAUUCCUCGAAUUCAGCGUUUAAAUUUUUUAAUUUGUAUAAUUGAACUUUCGACAGUUUUUCGUUUCGAUCGCUACGUAUGGAUUGUUUUGGCAAAAUAUUGUAUGCCUUCAGUUUAUUUGAUUCGAUGGUCAAUCAACAAAUUAUAUUUAGAGAAGAUGAUUAUGUUAGGUGUGAACUGAAAUGGUGCACAUUCUUGUACAAUAUUUGUACCAUACUUUAGCAUGUAGGGGUUUAUAAGUUUUAAGCAGUACUUUCAAAAUAGACAAAAUAUAGCUUAAGUUUAUGUUUGAUCUUGUCAAUAUAAAUUAUUAUGUGAACUUAAUGCAGUGAUAUUGAAUGUCUCCAAAUCAUUCGAUUUCGGAUGAUAUAGAUCUUUCUCUACCUCUAAUUGUGUGACAUAGAAAUAAAUAAAAUUUAUGUGAAUUCUGUGAAGAGAUAGGAGAGUUUUCUUAAACAACUGCAAGCAGAAACCAUGUGAGUGAGUUAAGAGAGCAAGCUUAAAACAAGUUACUCUUCGCAAGAGACUUGCCAAAUUAUGCUCUGGCCCAGACGCCAAAGUAUUUAAAAGCCAUACCUACCCCCAAAAUUUUUUAUAUCAAAAGUUUGAAAUUUUCAUGUGCAAUCUUCUCACUUUGGCUUAUGUUUGUGUACAACUUUUAUUGUGCACCAAAAUCUCCAGGGUAAUCUAUUGUUGUACUAAUUAUUCUUUUUAAAAUGAUAAGAAAAUUGAAAAGAAUAUUGUGGAUCUUGAGACCUUGGCUGGUUGAACGAGACUGACUUAACUUUUUCAACUGACCGUAGUCUCUGUAUAUAGUAGAUUUAUUCAGGAACAAUUUUUUAAAUCUUGAGUGUCAGCCAAAAAAAAUGAUGCAAGUGAUAACAGCAAACUGGUAUAUAAAAUUGCUUUCAUAAUCUUUUAUUGCCAUACAUUUUGUCAUUAUUUAAGCUCUUGAAAAUGUAGGUGAUGGGAAUUGAAAGAGUGAUAUUGAUCUUAAACAAGUUUUGAAUUGUAUCUUUAUACAAGAGAUUUUUGGGCUCACUGUACUUAUUUACCAUCAAUAGUGUUCCUAUAGAGAGUGGUAAAAAUUUAUUCUUCACUGGCAUCAAACUUCAGAUUUACCUCUAAAAGAGGAAAUGGUUAAUACAUAAUGUUACAGUAUUUUACAGGCAAGGACAAGUUAAAUGUUGUAAUUAAGAGUUUCAAUAAGAUCUGGCAACCUGCAAAAUUUGCUGUCUAUGUAAAGCAAAAUUGCAGCCUUUUUUUCUCCGAAACUAACAACAUUAGUUAGAGUAAAGAUGAAAAUUCCACUGGCCAUCUACUUUGCAGUUGGUUCUGUCUAGUACUUAAAAACUUAUUAACAGAAGUAAUAACUUAUAAUGGGUUAUGAAAAUAUACAUAAUUGUAAGGGAAAAUUGUCAUUGUGGUAAAAUGUCGCACAAGGAGUUGGCAAGGCUUGAAGAAGAAUUGAGCCUUCAUGUACAUGGUGCCUGUGUGGGUGUCAUUCUAUCAUUUUUGGGAAAACUAUGUUGUAUUUCUCAUUUAAAAGCAGGAAGAGUGUUUAAGAGUGUUUAUCUUAAAGCCUUAAUCCAAUAUCUGAUUUUGUCAGAAAAGACAGUCAAAACCUAGCAUAUAUCACUAUUAAUCUGUUUGUACUUAUUAUACUUGAUUUUCUUUGUUUUGUACACUCUUAUGGAGCAUAGUACUUUGGGCAAUAUUGCUGUUAGCUCCAUAAACUUGUUAAUUUUUCCUACAAAAUGAUGAUGGUACUGUACAUAAUUAUAUACACGUAUAUGUAUGCAUGUUCAAUGUUGAUAAAUUCUCAAUCCUUGAGCCUUGAUUUAUCAAUAGUUUCGAGGAUAAAGGAUGGAUUUUAUAAGUGAGAAUGUCUACUCACUCUUGAACCAUAAUUUUCUAGUUAAUAAAACACUCUGUUUUAUUGUCAAAAACACUUAAUUUUGAUACUUAAAAGUAUUGGUUUACUUUAAGAGACAAGGGGCGUGCAAGCUGAAUUUACAUAUACUUUAGUUAGAAGAUGUACUCAUAUGCUUACAGUCUGUUUACAUUUAAACUUCUCCAUAACAAGGACAGUUGCUUUUGCAGAGAGCUGACUGAUACAGGAAAGAAUUGGGUAUAAUAGGACACCAGUUGAAUGCAAGAACACUUUUAGUUACAAAUGCCAAUGGUUUUGUUUAAUGGUAUAACAAGUUCAAAACAACCACUACUUGAUUUUUAGAGGAAAAUGUGAAAAAAAUUCAUUUGUAAAACUUUUGCAUCUUGGGGUAAAGACAUUUUUUUUGUGUUGAAUUUUCGUUUUCAAGGGUGUGUUUGUACCAUUUUAUACAGUAUUUUGUGUCAGUUGUUAAUAAACUGGUGCUGGAGGAGAGGGUAUUUUGGCAAUUACACUGCAUGAUGUACUUUACCAGCCAUUGUUGUUGUGGGGGGAAGGUGGACUUGCAGAGAUUGAAGAUUGAAGUAAAUUGAGAGGGAAGUGAUUAUUGUAAUGAGAUGGUCAUUCUUUCAUCUGAAUUUGUUUUGACUAAUUUUGAUUAUCUAGUGAAUGAAUAAUUCAGUUAUGGAUUUAAUGUAUUAGAAUUAUUCCUGUGUCUGUGGUGUUAUUCUGCCUGAGGGCCUCUUCUGAUCUCUGCUUUUACCUUGCAUAAUAAACUGCAAGGGGACACCCUGGUGUGCAAAUAAAAGUAUACAUAAAGAAUUUAUUCUGUACAAUCAGCUGUUCGUGCAUAAAACAUGUGUUUUCUAUUUUUUUCCAUGGGCUUAUUUUUGUGCUUCAUUGUUAAGCUGAUAUUGAUCAUAAUCAGUUCCUUGUGAGAGAACAAAAGGAAAAGUUAAUGAGGCAGGUUAUUUGUCAACCUGUCCAGUCUCCCAUGACAUGGCUGGGAAAUUUUAAUCAGAGCAGAAUUUAGUUUUGCUGUAUUUUUUUCUUUUCAAUUGCAUGUCCAUGAAAUUGAAUUGAUUUGAAAUUUAUAUACAUGUAGAGGAAAUAGGAUAGUUUGCACAUAGCUGUGUUUAGAUAGAGUUUAAAGGAUGUAAAUGUAAAUGUAAAUGUGUUUUAAUACAUCAUAUCAAAUAAUUCUCUGCCACUGCAGAAUAUAAGAUGUCAAUCUUCUUUGUAAGAGAACUGAUAGGCAUACUAUGAGUGUGAUGAUUGGUCUAAAAACCUACUGUUUAGUGCACUGCCAAACCUUCAGAAAAUGAAAACAUUUAAAGUCUAAUGUAUAGAAGAAAUAGACUGCUCUUCUACUGAUGCACUGGUACAAAAGAGAUGGGAUGUUGGGAGUAACAAAUGUGUGUUUUGUUCUCCCACAUGGGUUAUUACAUCGGUAAACUGAUAGAAAAUGCAGUCUCUUUCUUAAUUAAAUGAUUAUUACUGUAUCCUUGAUGCACUCAUAGUAUUUUUUUAGGUGUACCUGUGAGCUAUUUUAUGGCAUUUUUGAAUAAUUUUCUUUCAUUUGUGUGAAAACAAAAAGAACUUGAGUUAUUUUUAAACAGUCCUUGUAUUUUUUCAGGCUCUCUCAGCCCAUCGAUUCUAUGUACUUACCAGCACCAAGAAUGGCUGCAAGGUAAAACUUAUAUUAAGGAUGGUAAUGUUUUUGUUUUUGUUAUAACUUACAACAACAAUAAAGGUUCAUUAGAAUUCUUGUCCUCUUCAAUUCCUCACUGCAAUGCUCUGGCAAUAGUAAAAGGUAUUAUAAGCAUUUCUUUCCUCUCAUGUCCAUUAGCAAAAAUGUACCACAAACUGUUGAUCUGCUGAAUCAAUCUGGUCUUUUAGGAGGAAAAGAGUUUUUCUGAAUGCUUCAGUGGCAUUAUGAUAACUGAAAAAUUUAAAAAUUGAAUUGAUAUGUUGUGAAAGAAUCAUUCAAUUAUUUUGUUUGGUCAAAAUAUUAUACAAAUAUUAUUUUCUCUGUAAUAGUCCAUUUUACAGUUGUGUGCUUGGUUGCCAAGCCUUUGAACAGGAAUGAGGCUAAGGGUGAUCAUGUUAUGAUACAAACCUUGCUGCUUUUCAAAUGUAAAUUACUUUGUAAUUAUACUAACUAGAUACUAGUCUCUGUCACAACAUGGUCAACUUCAGCCUCACUCCAAAUCAAAGGCUUGGCAACUAAGUACACAACUGUAAAAUGGCCUAUUAGAGUUAAUGAAAUAUUUUGAUGAGUUUCAAUUAAAUGCAUAUUGCAUAUUGCAUAUUGCAUAUUGUAGUCUUAGAGCCAUGACUGAGCAUGAAAUGCAGCUUACAGCUACUCUCCCUUUCUAUCUUUGUAGGUGGAUUUUAGCAUGCAUGUUUUGGAAAUACAGAAAAUUGAAAGUAGUAAACCUCUCUUGGUAAGUUGUUUUCAGAAAGGCAGUUACACUACUCUAAAUUUUUCAGGCUAAGAAUAUAUGAAAGUCAUAUAUUUGAACUGUGGAUAAAGAUGUGAAUGAAAGUGAUCCUCGCAGUAAUGCACACUACUUGUCAAUCGCAAUGAGAAGUAGUGAAAAAAAGGCCUGAAUUUUUUUUCAGGCCUUAUUUUCACUACUUCUCAAGUAGUGUGCAUCACUGCGAGGAUCACUUUCAUUCAUGUCUAAAUUUUUCAGGUCAUCAUACUUUAUCUCACCAAUUGAUGAGUGAAUCAGUCUUAACUGAACUUCAAGCAACACCCUGAAGUAAUUAUAAGACUCAAUCUGUUUCAUUUUUGGUAUUGUAUGAUGACUGGUCUACUCUUUUAAAAUAGUGUCAGUAAUAAUUUCAUACUUUUUAAAUACAAUGUCAAAUCCAGAAUUAAUAUAUUCUAUAACUGAUUUUUUACUAGGUGCUGUUUCCAGUUAAUAUCCAUGUAUGAUAUUUUGGUGUUUUGAUACAGUGAAACAUUUGAUCAUUUUAUUUCAGUUGACAGUAUUAUGUGGGGAGAAGCCAAAUUAUUUCAGACUUUUUCAACCCAAAGAUUGCACAGAGAUUAUUGCUCACAUCUUGGUUGCUCUCAAAUCAAACUUUCCAUCGGGUAACCCAGAGUAAGUAUUAUUAUUAUAUUAUUAUUAGAUAAAUAUGUACUGAACCCUUUCCAGUUAAGCAUCAGUAUGCAUAUUCUCCACACUGUUCUCUAUACAUUUCCUUUGAUAUCAACAAGGAGAAUUCAUUUAACGAUCAAAGCUUCUUAGGUUGGCAAUUACCGUAAACGUCCAUGUAUAAGCUGCAUCCGUAGAUAGGCUGCACCCCCAAUUUGUAAGCGCAGAAUUUGGAAAAAAAUAAAAACAAUACAGUCUGAAGUUUCAGUGGAGAAGGUUUCGAAACACUGACAGAGAAGUUGUGGCUAUCUUUCACAUUUAUUAAGUCUAAAGAAAGCAGAAUUUCAUUUGUCAUACCUUCUUUUUCAUUGGAAUUUACACCAUCUUUAACUUAAAAUGCUCUUUCCAUCUAAUUUUUCAAGAUUAUCACUUCAAAACACGCCAUUAAGUUGAAAUUCCUUCGGCAUUGAAAAAAAAAACAAGUGCUUAGUAGCCAAGCUUUAAAUUUGGGAGGAGUCUGGGCCUGGGCAUGAACAUAAAGCAUGCCCACUGAUGCAAUCAUAUCAGUUUCUAUUUCAUUAAUUGAUAUUACAAUACUUCAGGUAAUUUAUAAAAGAUGCUACUGUUCUUCACAUGAACAUUUGAUAGAGUCAGUGUUCAUUAUUAAAAGUCAUAAAAGUCCUCGCUAUUGCUAUCUCCAAAGAGAUUCUCAUAGCUUUCUGGUAUGUAUCCAUGGAUAAGCUGCACCCUUGAUUUUUGGCUUCAAUUUUGUGAAAAAAAGUGGGGCUUAUACAUGGACAUUUACGGUAUUUCUUAUUUAUUCUUAUGAUAUUUAUGAAUGUUGGUGAAAAUGGCUGUGCAUAGAUUUUAAUUAGUAAUUUAGUAUUAUUAACUGAGUUGAUAAUGUAAAUUGGCCACAGUAAAGAGUUUAAAAGCUGAUGUUUCAAGCAUAAGCCCCUUGUCCAAGUGAUUGGAGGAAUUGUGGGUUGUAUGAGGGUUUAUAUGCAGAAAAUAGAGCUAUGCCAUUGGUGGGAAUAUGGUGAUGAGAAAACAAGAAUAAAUUAAUUGAAUGAUAGGCACUUGUUGAUACUGUGGGGAAUAACAGUGCUGAUUUGUGAGGUAAAAAAGUGUGUUCUACAGUUUGGCAGCUUUCCAUAUAUAGAUUUGUGGGGGUAUGAAUGUUGUUCUUAACACAAACUUACAGCCGUUCUCUGAGGGUGACAUAUGGACCACCAGAAGAGAGUGACAUGAGGCAAGAACAGGUGACCACACUGGUCAAUAACCUGCGGAAUUCAGGAGGAGAUGUGGAGAUUGGACCUUGUGGUGAGUUGUGGUGAAUGUUUAUUUUUGAUAAAUUGCGAGAGGUUCAUGGUAUGAUAAAUUUAGGAAUUGAAGAAAUGAGGUCAAAAGUAUACUGACAGUACCCUUCACUAUCAGUCCCUGUAUUAGCAUCGCACAUGCUGAAAGGUUUGCUGCACUCUAUGUCACUGAUACACUUGUGUGCAUUUCAAUAUUUUUUAAAAUGUAAUUUAGCACACAUAGGUAGUUGGCUUUCAGGAACAUCCAGCAAAGCAUCUAUAUACCAACAGCCAUGUGCAUCUCCUUGCAUCAAGGGAUACAGUUAUGUUAAUAUAUUGCUGUUAUUUUAUUAUUAGUUCUAAGAUUUUUGCAAUUUUAAUUACAAGUAUAAUCAUGAUUUUGGUUAGUUUUAGUUAGCUUUUGUUAUUAUUGUUGUUAUAUAAUAAUUAUUGUGCUGAAUCUACCUACUCUGCAUUUUCUGUAUGUCUCUUUCUGAAGGUGGAUUUUCUAAAGUGUAUGUGUCAAUGUGUGAUUUGUAUGGCCAGUCACAUCUUGAAGAGGUUGUUUGGGUAUGUAUUUAUGGUGAAUAAAAUUGGUAAAUAAAGAUGGCAUUUAUUAGUUUUUUUGGUCUGAGCAUUUGGCAUUGGUGAUUCUGAGAAGUACAAUGUUCAAUAACAGUGUGCAUUUUGAUCAGUUUUAAAGCUUUUUAUGUUUUCUUGCUGUAUCUGCAGGAUAUUGACACAAUUUACUUAUCGCUCAAUACCAAAGAGUUGAACAUUCAAGACUUUGAUCAUCUUGAGCACAAGUAAGUCAGCUGUUUUGUAAUGUGUAACAUGGUUUGUGCAAAAUAUCUGUUCAAGUCCUUUGCAAAGGACAAAAUGCUGGCCAUAAAUUGCAUGAUACUUCUACUUGUCAUUGAAAAAUCAUAAUUUUCAAUGUUGUUCUCAUAUGACCAUUUCAGACAUACUUGUCACUCUUAAAAUUUCCCAGUGCUUUUGGUAAGGGGGUGUAUUCUGUAACACCCGUUGCAGCUGAGCUUACUCAAUGUUAUGUGUUAAGAUGUUGAUUGCUGUGAUGUUUUACUUUGCCACAUAACUAUUACACUGAUAUCUCCAAUAUAAUGGUUUCUUCAAAACGUAAUAACUGCUCUUGUUUUCAUUCAUUUAUUUAUGAUCAUUUCUAAUUACAAUUAUUCUUUAAUCUUCCAGGGAUUUGGUUCCUCUUAUUUCAACUCUUGAGUAUAAUGAUUGGUUCACUAAAGUGACAUGUGACUCAUAUAAACUGGUAUGUGUUUGCAAACAUCUGAAUUGAUACUGUAACAGAAAGAAUGGGAAACUUAGUCUUGAAAUACAUGCAAAAAGAGCUCACAAUCUUUCAAUGAACCCAAACCAUCUUCCAACAAGGCUGUAUGUUUUCUUGUCUGGAAAGAGUGGUAAAUGGCCUGUUUAACUUUAAUCUUGUUUACAAUUUUUGUUAAAUAUUCCUUUUAUUAGGGAUCAGAAGUCUGUGAUGCCAUUUGCAAAGCUGCAAAGAAGUCUACAACAGUGGAAGAACUAGUACUUGAUAGUGCUGGUUUUGGCAGGUACAUAGUGGACUGAACAUGGAUGUAGAAUAAUUUAAGACAUCAGAAUCUGAUUGUUGUUUUAUUGAAAUGCAAUCUAUUGAUUAUGGCCACAUAUUUUCUUUACAAUGUAAGGUUUAUAUAAGGGCAAUAUAGAUAGUUAGUGGUAUCAUUUAUUGUGUGGGCUACAGUUACCUUCGUUUCCCAAUGGCUUCGUUCAACCUGGUUAGAAUGUGACCAGAAACAAGUUAUACAUGUAGACCAGAUACUUGGCCAAUCUAUGCUAGGUUAUAUGCAAGGUGGUAGACCAGCAACGAGACUAGAACAGAUGUCAGACUACAUGUUAGUUUGGGGGUAAGCGGGUAAUAAACUAGACAAAGCCAGGAGAUAAGACUAGAAUAUAAUUUUGUAGACAAGAUUACAUGUAGACUAGAGAAAAGCCUAGACCAGAAACCAGCCAGGUUAUAAUGAUGAUAAGGCUUUAAUAAACUAGAGGAGAUAUUAGACCACAUAUAUUUAUGAACUACCAGAUGUGAAUAUAAGAAGAGAUUAGGUAUUAUCAGACCACACUAGACUAAGCUGAACCAGACCAAUAUUAACCAGCAACCAAAGGAGACUUGGCUAUAGGUAGUGUUUGACAGUAGACCACAGUGGAAGCAGGAAAAGAGGCAAAUUAACCCCAGUCAGUGAUUCCAGAUCAUCAAGGCUACACCAAACUACACUAGAGACUUGCACACAUGUAGAAAAAUGCAUGACUUGUAAAUGUAUGUGAGAAUGUUGACCUUGUAGUUACCAUUCCUUUGUUUUGAUAUUCCUAGUCUUUCCUGAACUCUGCUUUAUAAUAGUUGUUCAAUUUGUGACCUUUUAGGGAUCAUUGUCAGAAACUUGCAUUGGCUCUCACAUCAAAUCCCAAAACAGCUUUGCACUCCUUGAGUUUAAACAUCAACUCUAUUGAGGAUAGAGGUUGGUUUUUAAGUCUUUGUUGAUCACUUUAUUGUUUCAUAACAUGUCAUCAAUCACAGCUUAGUCUUUUGCAGGACUGCAAAAUAAUGAUACUCACUGGCCAUUGAGUAAGAAUUAUGUCUCAGUUGAACGUAGUUGAUAAAUUUGAUAAAAUUCAUCUGUACCUGUACAUGUGGACCAUGGUGGAUAAAGUUAUUUGAAAUGUUUCUAAGGGAAACUCCAUGUUCUAAAUUUGGCAAUGGCUUGAUCUUCUUCUUUGCUGAUGCCCCCACUGCCCCCCCCUCCAUUAAAACAUGAUAUAUACUAUAUAGCAUCUUAACGUUCAGUGUAAAACAUCAUUGCUUUCAAAUGAAUUGCGAUCAAGUUUAGUAAAUGACAUUAUUGGCAGUUUCCCAAAACUGUUUGGAAUUUCUUCUUUCAGAGUGCCCAUUACUUCCAAAACGGUUGCUUCUUCCUUUAAAAUUAAAUUUAAAGGCAUGUUAAUGUGAUUCUGUUAGAGGUUGUCUUCAUGAUACAGAACAGAUAUUUAGACCAACAUGAGUUCGCUUUGGUUCCCUCUCAUAUAGCUCAUUAUUCACGCAUGCACAUGAGAAAAUGACAUAUUAUUAUUAUAAUUGUGACAAAGAAAAGAAAAUAUUAUGUGGUGAUGAGUCACAAUAGUGCUAGUUCACCCUGGUUGCUGCACUUAAGUGAGAAUUUCAGUCUGGCACAAAAUCUUUUAAUUUUUUUAUGAGAGCAAAGAAGACCUACUUGUCUUUGUAUGAAACCAACUUCCUGGUGGACUGAGACAGGUAGUUCACAUGCAGCUUUUGCCAAUGGAUUGUGCCUUUAUCAGUUAGAAUGAGAGAUGAGGAGAAAAAGAUUAACUCAUCAUAAAACCAAAUCUAGUUUUCAUCUUGGUUAAGAACUUGUACUAGUGUAUAUUUUUUCCCUGUAGACACCUCCUUGAACUGUAUAUAGACAUUUUGUCAAUUAUUAUUUGUUAUAACUGACUAAAUGUUUGUUAUUUUUUUGUUUUUCCUUUGUUUGUAAAGGUUUAACACACUUAUCUGGUGCAUUCAGUAACCUUCCUCAUGGUUUGGUUUUUCUUUCUCUUGCUGACAAUGGAAUCACAUCAAAAGGUAGAUAUUUAAAUAUGUAGAAACUUCAGUUUGAAAUAUUUUACAAGGAACCUUGUUCAGAUUCACAAGUGCCUAUACAACUUAGCUGGCAAAACUGUUCAUACUUUUAUUUGCAUGCUGCAGAGGUGAAAAGCUUCUUUCAACACCACCAUGCAAUUACAGGCAAUCCAAAACAAAAAUAAAAUGCCAGCUCUUUCAUGUCAACUUCCUCCCCUCCCUUCUGACGCAGUUUGCCAGUGCUGAACCCUUGAUCAAUCUGCAAAGAAGAAACAUCUUUCAUUGACAGGUUUUUCCUUUUUUGUAUUUUCCAGGAGCUUCUACUUUGGGUCAGGCCCUAAAGUCAAGCAAGUAUAGUGAAAGUUCAUUGCAAAGGUAUGUAACAUGUGCUUUAACAGGUGAGCAAACCUUUUUGUUUAAUGAAUGUAGUUCAUGUUCUUCUGUUAUUAAAUCAUUUGUAAGUUACAGAUUGAACCUUUUUAAUCUUUUUAAAGGGGAAAAAAUUAAGGCUUGAAAACACUUUGAGAUAUCAAGUGACAUGAUUUUUGGUAAAAAUCCUAAAACUGGCUUGAAUUUGUUAUAAUUAUUGUAUUAAAAUAAAUCUCAUUAAGCUGUUUUGAAAGCAGCUCACAUGAAGCAGUUUGUGGCAGAGACUUUUUAGCUACUUGUGCCUGCUGUGUUCAGUCUUAUUAGAUCUGGAUGUGAGCUAACCCUAAGUUUUACUUCAGAUGUUCUUUUUUUUUGCCUAUUUGUAUAACUAUCUUUUCUGAGUUGAUGAUAUCCUCACUCAGUUUAUGUUCUUUCAGGAACGACAUUUGAAAUUAGACAUACAUUAUUUUAUAAGUAGUUUUCUCUGGGGGAGACUUGGUAGCCUGGACUGGACUGGACUGGACUGGACUUUGGAUUGAAAUGUUUGGGUUCAUGCCCCUCCUCACUUUGUCUCUCUUUAGCCAAGCAUAUAAAUGUGUUCUGGCUAAUUGUUAGGGGGUCCUGACAAAUUCCUUGUGGUAUGUGCAACAGACUAACAUCCACACUAGAGGAGUAGUAAAUACAUUUAACUCCUACUGGCCACUCCAUGCUACAGAGUCUGCUGCACUGAUAAGCUUCAACAGUGACAUGAGUCUGUCUUGUAUGCUGAAUUAGUAUUACUAAUAUGUUUGUUUUUGUAUUGUUUCUCUGGUCAUGUAGACUGGAUCUGAGCAAAAAUCCUCUUAAAGCAGAUGGAAUUGCUGUAAGUUUCUUUCUUGGGAUUUUUAGAUUCCAUGUAGUUGUUUGACUCUCUGUAAUAAUGACUUUCAUAAUCAGUGUCCUUUAGAAGCCCUGGUGGCCAGGGUUUUCACCAGCUGGUCCUUGUUUCCUAUGCAGGGGCCACUCACAUUAGACCAAACAGUUAAAGACCUUUAUUUAAUUAAAAAAAAAUGUUCUCCCUUGUUGGCUGCCGUUUAUUUUACAGCUGGCUACUAGAAAAUCUCAGCAGAAUGCUGCAUACACUAUCCUAUCUGAUUCUGACAUUAAAUGCAUUUAGCAUAGGAAAAGACUCCAAUAAAUUCUUACCUGAAAGAGUUUUUUCCUCCUUUGUAGGGUUUGUGUGAUUUCUUAGCCAAGCCAAAUAUGCUGACCCACUUGGAUCUCUCAUCAACUGAAUGUCCUCUUGACCUGGUAACAAUAAAUUAUUAUUUUUAUUAUUUAAACAUUUGUUUUGCUUAUAAUCUUUGUCCUUUUCCAGUCUUAUGAACAUUAUCUGACUUAUGUGAGUCUAUUUAACAUUAACAUUACUCCAAUGGUGUUUUUCAUUGUUUCAUUGAUUCCAUAAUCAUUCCUUAUUGGUUAAUUAGCCUGCAUUUAGUUGUAUUAGAAUUGCAGUGUUUCCUAAUGAUGGAAUUUUCAUCUCUUCCAGUUGUUUGGUGCUCUCAUCCGAGGCUGCAUUCAACACUUAGCAACCAUCAACGUGGCUGGUAACAGUUUUACCUCAAAGUAAGCAAAUAUACACUGUAAGCUUGUAAGUAAGCAAGAUAAGAGACCAUAUCAAGAGCAAUGUCUGCCACACUAAAUCUGAGAGAUUGAAACUCAAUUGGAAUUGUGCAAUUUUUGUAAAUUUAGCUGUGAAUUUAAUUUUUGUUGUUGCUAACCAAUCUUUUUUUUAAAUUUUUCACAGGAAAACUAAAGAUGCAGUUGUUCCACCUUCAUUCAAACAGGUAAGAUCACUGUUUCAGUUGUACAUGUUGCUUUGAAGUUGGGCUUAAUACUCCAAAGAAGUGAAUGAAGGGAAAGAGGAAUAAUAAAGACAAUUUGUAUACGUUACUGUGGAAAUGUUUGAUGCACCUUCACAUCACACAGUGUACUUUUUAACCCUUUAACUCUCAAAGGGGAUUACACCAAUUUGCAAUUGAGUACCAGAAGUAAUCUGAGAUUGCAGUUGUUUUUGCUUUAGUUCACUCUGUGAUUGGUGCAGAAAACUCGCACCACUCCCUUUACCAAUCACAACUUGAUUGCCCACAUUUUCCCGCACUUGAGGCAGUCUGGUAAUUUUGACUUUGAGAUCUCAUUGGCUCUUCAGGGUAUUUUCCUUUCUUCUGAUUGGCUGUUUUGAUUACUUUGGUUUUGGUUUUUUCGACUCUCAAUGGAAUCUGUAAAAGCUCCCCACACUUCACCACAUUAUUCACACAUUAGAAAUUAAAAAGUUAUCCGUAGGAGAGUGUUGUCGUGAUAGAAGACUAAAUUAUUUUCAUUUAAUUGACAGUAACACCUAGAAGGGAGAAUAACUUUUGAAUAUGGAAAGAUAGAAUCCCCUCGUAGAGUGCAUUUCAAUUGAGUGUUGUAGAGCUCAUAUGAACGAAAUCUCAACAGCCCAGAAUUAGAGGAAAGAAAAAUAUUACAAAGGGCUAACGGAAAUGAUACACAAGAACAAGCAAACUGCUGAUAGAGUGGGCAAAAAUGGGUGACCUAAUUGCACUUUUUUUUUUCUAUCUGAUUAGUUGAUAUUGUGGAGGAAGUUCUCCAUGCACCAAGCAAAGUAAAGCAAAAUCAAAACAAUCCUUACUGUUACUGAUAUUCAAUUUAAAAUUGCUGUAAAAUUUUUUGUUUGCCUUCUAGUAUGCUACUUUUAUAAAACUACUACUACUGGUGUGCUCUGUGUCAUGAUAAAUAUCAAUGUUAAAUUCUUUUGUUUGUGGCAUCCAUGAUCAAUUUCGUUGGAAUUGUUUCAAAUAUUGAUGUUGGUUACUUUCCUCACAGUUUUUUAGCACCUCCCAGGCUCUGAAAUGUUUGGAUGUAUCAGACUGCAAGUUACAUUCUGACGCCAUCAGGUCAGUGCUGAUGUAAUGAUACGAGGAGUAUUACUGAGCCCACAGAACUAUGGCAAGCAUUUUCAUGCUAUUUGAAAAUUAUCAAUUUGGGAAGCAGAGAUACGUGUAAUGCAGUUAUGAGGGCGCUUCCUAAUUGCAAAUUCGGAUAUCCACGAAAGAGAGACUAGAUAUUCCAACUUUAACUUAAUUUGUCCGAAGUAUUCAAGGAAGACUGAGCGAGGGCGAACUUUUAUGGUUAGGACAAUAACGGAAUGGAACCCUAUAGAGUAAAGCACAUGGAAGAAAGUCUCUUUUGUUAGUUUCAAGAGCAGUUUAUAUGAGAAAUUUUCAGAAAGUGACCAGAAAGGUUCCUCACUACUUGAAAGAUGAUUUUGAAUGAUAUUAUUUUAAUGAAGAAAUUUUUUUUAUCUAUUUUUAAUUGCCGAUAGGAUAUUUAUUUUUAAAUUUUGAAUCUUGUGAUGUAUACAACUUUUGAAUUCUUAUACCGAUUUUUAGGUAUUUUUAACGGUAAUGAGGGCAACGAGUUCAUUAGUGUUUUUCUACUACUGUCAAAUAUAACCCUCCGAGUAAAGCAUUAUUUGUGCCUUAUUUGUUUCACUCUACGGCAGUUCUGAUUUGAUUUCUGGACCUGGUGUCAAAUGUGGUUGGAGUUCAUUGUUGGCUCUUGGCCUUUCUCUGAGAAUUUUUCUUUUUCCCCAAACACCGAUACCCCCAUUUUAAUUUGACUUGGAAAGGUUCUAUUUAGAACCACUGGAUGCAUGUGUGUGAUGCCCAACUAUGUUGGGCAUCACAACUUGUAUGUUUAGAUUAAUGAAUUGAUUUAGUUUGCAAAAUGCACGGUAAAAUGUGGUUACAUUGUCGUUAUAAAAAGGAUUACAAAAUGUUUAGGAAUUACAUUCUGCCAUUAUUUCAAUCUCUUUCCAUAUCUUUUGUAGAGCAAUUCUUGAAGGACUACGUGCAAACAGUUUCCUUUGUGAUGUUGAACUCAACUUAAGCAACAAUGAGGUAUGCUAAGUUGGAAAAUCAUGGUUGGAGUGUGAGGUUUAAGUUUUGAUUUUUUGUGUUUACUGUUUUUCUGGUAGAAGGUUAUUUUUGUUUGUUUAAGUCGUCCAUACAAGUGGUGAAAAUUUUUUGCAAGAAAUGUUGACAUUUUACUGAACAUAUGUCAGUCAAGAUUUGAUGAUAUUAAUACAAAAAUUGUGACAGAAGACAUUUUCGUCGCCUGAAAAUUAUUCAGAGCACUCUUCGCUGCCGUUUCGUACAACCAAAAGCAUUGCAAUUACGACGGCCAAUCAUAACAAAAGAAAAUGUUACUAGGAGCCAAUGAGAGUUCAGAAUAAACUCGUGUAAUCUGCGUCAUCCGAGAACCGCGGGAAAACGCGAGUUACAAAGUCGUUAUUGCUUGUAGCCUUACAUUCGAUUGGUUGAGGAGUUGAUGUGAAAUUUCUAGACCACUCACAGAGGGCAGUGACGCAAAACUAAUUCAAUCCUGAAAUACUUUUAACGCGUUAUUUCUCCUUACAGUGAUGUAGACCUCGUAAUGGUUAUAUCAAUUUAUUUGCAGCUCAGAGGUCUGGGGGCGAAAGCCAUAGCAGACAAUAUAACCCACCUGAAAUGUGUCAGCAGGCUGAACAUUAGUGAUAAUGGUGGGUGUUUGUGUGACUGAUCCUAGCUUUACUUCAGCGACUAGAUCCAAGGUGAAUCUGCUGACCUGAACAAAUAUUGGAAUUAUCUCCUCUAAUUUCAGGAUUUGAUACGGAGUUAAUUCCGAUUCUCGAGAAGCUGUCAUCAAACAAGACAUUGAAAUAUCUAAACUUGGGACAGAAUAUGAAACAAAGGUAAGUUAUUCACGUUCAUUAUAGGGGAUACGGUGAGGUAUUGUGUUCGUUUUCCGCCAGUUAAAAUAAUUGCCCUGAACGUGCGAGAACAGCAAAAUGUUGGUUUGUUAAGAAAGAACUUCAAAAUGCGAGGAUUAAACAAGAAUGCGUUUGGAUGAAGAGAAUUGAAACGGAUUGGAAAGCCCAAAUUUGAAGGUUCAAAUCUUAAAGGUUCUCUGCUGUGUCGGAAUGUUUUUUCUUUCUCGCCGUUAACAUUUUCAAUUUGUAUAUUUCUCUCUUGUUAAACUGUAGAAACUUUUUUGCUCGUUUCAGUAGCGAUAUUGUCCAAAGCCCCUCCAUAGUCAUGUCUACUUGAACCUUUGGGUUUGUUUAUGUGAUCCCUGUUCGAUAUUUAGUUCUGUUUCCUAUGUCUUUCAGGAGCUCAUCUGCAAUUAUGGAGGCAUUGGUGCAACUAUUAUCUGAAGAAAAUUCAGUGAGUCAGAAAAACCAAACAUGCAAACAAAGUAACAUUAAUUGUUUGAUUUUAUAUCUUAGUGCAGAAAUCAGUGACAUUUCCCUGACUUUUUCUAUUGUUUUCCUUUUUUCAGCAUCUCGAGUCAAUCUCGUUAGCCGAGUCCAAACUUAAACAUGACAUCAUUCCGUUACUGGAUGCUCUCGGAACGAAUGAAACAUUGACAGAACUUGACAUUAGGUAAAACCAGCAGCUUUGUUAACCGAGCAUAAUUUUAUAUUUCUGUCUCAGUACCGCGAAAAAGUUUGAGGAACCGAAAUUGUGCUCUAACUUACACGCACCGACAGCUUUUCAAAAUUUGCCACUGCUUGCAGUUUACGAACGCACGGUUGUCCAUCUCAAACACCCGUCGCAGGUUGUUGACGGAAAGGUUUCUCAGUAUCAUCGUUCAGAAAGUUUUGUUCUUCUUAAUAGGUUAGUUAAUAGUAUUCGCAAACACAGAUAAUUGUAAGUUAAAAUUCACUAACUCGGAUUGUGCUUGUUUUUCAGUGGAAACCAAAUUGGUGACGAGGGAGCACGCAUUCUGGCUAAAGCUCUUCAAAUCAACACCAAACUAAGGUGAGAAAUGACGUCAGCGUCCCACUUUCCCUGAGCUUUGCUGAAAUCGUCGCGCCAGACAUAAGAUAUUUGCGAAAAAAAUAUUUAGAGUUCUAUCAACAAAAAUAAACCCAUACACCAAGGUUUCCUUUCUUGAUGGAAUCGGAAUAUGUUGACUGAUGGUUUGGCUUGGUCAGUUGGUAAUUGUGAUUACACCUCUAUCCAUCGUCAACCAUAGUAAGCUAGCUCUUUCGCCGUAUGACAUCCUCAGUGGUGCUUUUCUGCUUCUACAAACGAUUAUUUUGUGCGCAGCUCCUUCGUAAAGGCCGUUUAUCGAUAACUCAAUUGUUUAAGGGUAAAAUAAAAUACCUUGGAACAUUUCAGAACGCUUGACUGGGACAAGAAUGGAACAACAUACAGGGGAUUUGCUGACAUCGCAGCAGCCUUAGAAAGGUGAGUAUAACUUCCCACAAGAUUUGUCUAGCGUAAUUGUUAAACAGGAUUAAAGAAAUGCUGUUCACGUCUGCGUUUUUGUAUUCUAGCAAUCACACACUGCUUUCUAUGCCGAUGCCUCUUCACGAUGCUGCGCAGUCGCUCAAACCACAGACAGAGCAGCACUUAAGAAAGGUGAAUAUUAAUCAGUGAACUUCCAAUAGAUUGCUUUUUAUUACAGGGUCGAAAACUGAACUAAGUUAUCUAAUACAGCCUAUCGGAGUGAUGGAAAAUGUCACAUUCAGCCAAUGAAAACUCCAAGUGAACACGUGCAAAUGGUGUCAAGCGCGGGAAAACGCAAGUGUCCAAGUCGCGAUUGGUUUUGGUUUACAUCAGAUUGGUUGACAGAGAUAUGCGAUUCUUUUGUAGACCAAUCAGAGCGCGUAGCAAAGUGGAAGUAGCACAGUUCGUUGGUACUUCUGACACUCGAUUUGAAAAUUGCUUCAAUUUUACAUUCCUGUACUUUAUGUUAUAACGCUUUUGAAAUUGGUUUUCAAAAUCGGUAAAAUUAAAUUUCGUACGUGUAUAACAAGAAAAGUGUUGUGUUCUUCAAACGCGAAACGACUCCACUUUAAGAAAAGACCUUUAAUACACAACGACUAAACUGUAACUGACAAGAAAAUUACAACACGUGGUGUGGAACGAAAACGAAUAUUAAUAGAUUCCUUGACAGUUCUGGGUUACGUAACUCCUGCCAGGUUUAAAAUUAAUUAACAUAACCAAAAGGAAGCAGAGUAUUUCGUGGAUGUUUUUCCUUUAUGGUAACGUUGAAUUUAUUGAUAUCAUAAUGUAUUUCGUUGCAGAUCGAAAAAUUGUUGCUGAGGAAUCAGUCUCCGCACAAAGUAGUUACAGAACAGGCCUACAGAUUACAGCAAGGCCUGCUGCUCACCUCUACACAGCAACAGGUACGUCAAACAAAAAUUGUUUUGCAGUUUGAAGUAAAGUCACUUCUUGUUAAAAUAUAUGAUCGAUUAAAAUUUGCAGUAUCACUUUAAAAAUCUCCAUAUCCUCAUUCUCUGAAUUGAUGAAUCUCACAUACCGGUGGAAGUAAGAAAAACUUGAUAGCCAUGAGGGAGCUCUCUGAGGUACAACGACAAACUCAAAUCAACAUGUGUUGGAGGUUUGUUUUUCGAAAGGGGCAUAACUCUCCCUCAUGCAGAGAGAUUUAACUUGGUGAUAUGAUGUGCAUAUCUUCUCCACCCACAGCCAUCCAUGUUCUUUCUUAGCUUAUUUUCUCUUGUAUCUUUUCUGACUUGUCGACCCAAUAUUUUCAAUGCUUCGUCACGUGGAAAGUUAUUUUUCACGCCGCAGAAAAACGACUACAGAUAUUGUGAGGUUUCUUUUUUGAGAAAUCUAGUACCAAUUGUCGGUCAGUUGAUGUGUUUGUUGGCUCCAUAUUACUUAUCAUUCCUCGACUUCCCCAGAUGGUGGACCGACUUGUGGUGCAGUUACAGGACCUCGUGAGCGCGCUCCGAUCCUCCCAGGAACCAAAUGUGAAGAAUGAGAUUAAAACUGCCAAAAAUUAUAUACAGGAUGCAGACAAACUGAAACAGGUUUGUUCACUGUCAGAUUUCUCUUGGUGCAAUUGCGUCAAUGGAAAAGUGACAAUUUCUCUUGCAUGACAUGGUCGAUAAUGAGAAGUUAUAAAUGUUUUUUAUGGUAGAUAUACUAUACAACAAAUUUCCACGACAUUUGUCGCGAGCAAGUUUGCUAAGUAAAGUAAAGACUUUAAAGAGCAAAUAAGGCUUCACAAAAGAGCGCACUUCGAUACAGGUUCGUAAAACCGAAAACCAGGGAGUUAAUGUUUGAAAUGUGAUUGGUUGAGAUGAUAGGGGGAGUUUUCUAAACCAAUCAGAUAGCGAAGUGGGGCAAAACCAAAGCAAUCCCUUAUUACUUCCAGCACCCAAUUGAAACUAUUCUUUUAUCAAGCCUGACAGUGAUCAGUUGGAUAGGGGUAGAGUUAGGCUGCACACGCCAAAACCUGAUUGUGCUUCUAAAACUCUUCCGAAUUUUUCUAUGUUGGAGGAAUUUUUCACCCUCUUCCAGGUCUGUGUCGCCACACACUCGUCCAUUUGAGGCAAGCUGAUUUGUUGCGCAAAAUAUAUUUUUUUUAAAUUUGUAAUCCAUUCGUAAAAUUUCUAAAUUUAUUUAGUGGAGAAAAAUUCAGUGUGUUUGGAUUUCAUUUGUUUCGUCUGUUUCUUUGGUCAAACGUGAUUGUAAUAAAUAUGUCAGAUCUGAUCACAAUUACUGGAAGAUAAAAGGUCAUAUUGUUUCAACAGUUGCUACUGAAGUUCCAUUUGUGCACAAGUGACAGUGAUAUUGAAGCCAGAUUUGCUGAGCUGGCUGGGGAAUUUUACAAAGCCGCUGAAGAGAAAAUGAAGGUAAGUAAGGAAAACGUUACAAAACUUGACCAGUCAGUGUAAAGUGAAGGGAAGUGCAUACUUUUGAUUAAAAACAAAUUUAUACGCGAAAUUGAAGGUUGUAGUUUGGUUGUCAACGUUCGCUGUUUGCAGCCUGAAUUAAAACCUUGUAUAAAAAAGAAAAAAGUGUAGAGUGUUGUAUUCACCCAAAGGUUAAGAAAUGUCUAUUACAUGUAUUCAUAUCCUUUUGGUUUAUCAAUUGUUUGUCGUCGAGUUAAUGGACAAAAAAAUGAAAAAGUAAAAAUGCGAAUCCCACAAAGAAAUUGAGCUCCAGUCUCCGAAGGUCGAAUGUUACAUCGCUAAGUGCUGAUGGGUUAUGAGCGGGUCCUUGUGGCCCAAAAUAGGCAUACUGCUUUAUGUAGGACCAACCUUAAACGUCCUGUGUCAACUGGAUUAUGAAUCUUUGCUUUCGAUUUAAGAAUGAUAUCAGGGUUAUUUGUCUCGUAACAUAGAGGUUUGUGUGUUUGCGUGAUUUCAGAACAAUAUGGCGAAGAUGAUCGAUUGUGCCAAAGAAGUUUGUCCGUAUAUCACCUCCUCAGACGUAAGUUGUAUAUAUUUCAAAAAGAUUUUCGUCUGGUUCCCAAGGGCUAUAGAAAUGCAAUCUCGUAUUUUUCACUGCUGGUUGACUAUAAAACUCGUACACUGACAGCCGUUGUGUUAUAAUAAUCUUAGGCUAACAGAUUUACCUUCAGUGAAGUACAUUAGCCUUCAGAGGAGGUCCUCUAUUCUUUAGCACACGAGCUUUUUAUUGUAUAAAUCCACCAUUAAGAAGUGGUCUGUUAGAUUCAUAAAACCGUGUUGCUUAUAGGAUGUUCAAAGCCGUUUACUGGCUGUGGCACAAGGAAAGUCAAGUCUGAAUGAAACUUUUGUGGAGGAAGUGAUUCUUACUCGUGCUGCAGCGGGUAUUGCUAACAGAUUAAGGUUAGAGACACUUAAACAACUUUGUGAUUUUAUCAUGUUUUAUCUAUAGGGACAAAAUCUCAUUCAAAUAUUGCUUACAUUUGUAUGAACAUGAAAGCGAUCUUCGCAGGAAUGAUCUUUGCUUGAGCAUAAUUGAAAAUAAGGGCUGAUCCCGUAUUGGACUGAAUUUUUUUAGGCCUUAUUUUCAUUACUUCUUAAGUAAGGUUCGUUACUGCGAAAAUCGCUUUCAUAUUCAUUUCUUAAUCCGCAGUUCACUUAAAUAUUUUCAUAUAUUUACAGUCAUAUACGUAUGUACGUCCCUUUGACUAAUGCGGACAGUUUGUAAAUAACGUUUGAUAUGUUAGUAAAAGAAAUAGAAAAAAGUUUAUAUGAGGAAUUGAAAUGCAAAAUAAACCCCCCCCUACUGGUUCAGCCUUUAACCCUUAAACUCCCAAGAUCUCAUAAGUACCUCUCCUGACUGUCUGCUGCCAUACAAUUCUUCUGAUGUUACUUCUAAGAGUUUGUUAUUGGAUCAACUAAUAAUCCCCUAAUUGAUAGUUUUCUUGGUUCUCAUCACUUUCUUCUUGAUUUUGUAUUGAUAUCAUGAGGAGAAAUUCUGUCUUGGUCACUCAUGAAAGUUAAAGAGUUAAGAUACGUCCGUUAUUAAUUAUAAUAGAUAAGCCAGACCUGUCAAUUCUUUAACCGGAUCACCGAAUAUGAUGAACGUUCACAAUAGUUAUUAAGGAAAACUCCUCAAACGAGGAGCCUUAAACGUAGGUCAAAUCACUGGCUAAUUUUAUGAACCGAUGAUGCAUUGCCGGUAAUAAAAAACUGAUGCGUGAGAGCUAAACUGGCUUGCUUAAUUGCAAUACGAUUCUCCGACUAGAAACUUCCUUUCUCUUUUUCAGUGGUUUGAUUGAAACCUUAGAUUUCCUGAAACAUUUCAGUGGCCAAUACCGCACCGUGACGCUUUCGAUAUUUAUUGUUCACAAACGAAAUGAAAAUGUCUGUGAAAACUUGAAAUGGGACCAAGUAACUUAUCCCCACCCUUCCUCGAUCCUGUUGUUUUCAUUUGCAGCGAAGACAAGCUUACAGUGGCAUCUGUCAUGGCGGACACGAUCAUGGAGAUUGUGAUACACCAGUUGGAAAAUAGUGUCAACAAACUGGUGAGUGACGAGGGGAAUAACAACUUGAACUGUGUUAAUGUAAUGUGUAAUUGAAGUGAACGAAGAAGGAUUUGGUAGACACUUAGCAGGACACGAAACCACGUUCUCUCAAAGAUCGAAAGUUUUUAUUGUAACAUUUCCGGUCUUAUUCUCGUUUAACACUUUGUUUAUGUCCACCACAGAUAUUAUUCCUGCUUAUGCGCGUGUUUUAUGUUGUAAAAUGUAACUCAGUGUUAUCGGCGGUUACUGCUGCUGGAAAUUGAAAUUGCAGCAACGUUCAGUUUACCUUGCUCCGAAGAAUAUUUUUACUGUAGUGUUCUAGCAUGUUUUGAAAGACAAUCGUUACGGUUACUUGCAAAGUAACUUGAUCAUGGUAGAAUCGCGUAGAAUUGUCACGUUAUGGCCUGGUCUAAGCAUCUAAAUGGGAAAAAAAUGCGAGAGGAUAUUUGAAAUUUCCCUGAUCAACAUAUGAAAAUCUUGUUCGAAGUUUGCCAAGAAUGCCGAGUAAUUUGUUGCGAUCCAAGGCCGCAGACAAAAUUGGCUGACAUACUGAAAUUUACGUGUUAGCGAGAGCCCUGAACAGGUUAUAAUUAUAGUAACGCCAAAAUGGACAAAGGAAAGUAAAACACAGGAUAAUUAUAAAGGAGGUGGUUAAAAUCACAAUAAAGAUAACGAAGGACACUUUAUUAUUUUUGUGGAUAGCAACCCUUUUGUUUUUUGUGAACUGUCUGGUUCACUUAUUGGUGACGGUGAAUAAAUCUAACGCAAACAUAACAAUGGAAAGAGAUCUCUUUGAGGACUAGUUGAAUAAUUAAAUAAAUAUCCGGAAAGUCCCGAAUAAGUAUCAUUAGUACUUGAUGGGGACUGUUUUACCCACUUGUAGCCGGUCUCUUGGCAUCCUGCAUUGGGAAACGGUAUAACGAAAAGAAAAUAUAGGCAUACGUAGCAUGCAAGAGCUUUUUUUUUUGGCUGGGUGGGUUGAGAUAGAACACUUUGUGUACCUUAAGUUUUAAUUUUUGUGACAAAAAAAGAGCAUAACUUUCAAAAGAACGAAAAGAUCGCAUUUCUUUACCUUGAGAGAAAAAAAUACUAUUUAAAUCAUCAUAAAUCAAAAAUGAUUUUCCUCUAGUUUUCACGGCAAUUGAGUCGCAAAACAAAGCUUGACUCUUUUUUAAGCCAAUAAAAUAUGUAAAACUAGAAUUUGUAUCUUAAAUUUAUUUUAAUUUCUUUGUCAUGUUAUCUUGGCGUUGUCACAUAUUCUUCGUUCACCAUUCUCACUCUGUCCAGGUGACUGGGGGUAGCUCUCUUUAUUCAUUUGAGUAUUCAGGGACCGCUAUUAUGAUUAACAAAACGCAGAAGAAGAACUCUAGAUUGCAAAUGUGAUAAUCAGCCAAUUUGAACUCUUGCCAAUAGCGCGUCUAAAGUACCAAUUCCGUUUUGAUCUUUUAUCAAAAAAUCUUUAGUAUCUUAACGAGACAUUCCUUAGUAGUAACCAAAGGGUAACAAAUAUUUAUUUCACAGGACCUCCUUCUCAGGGAACACCGAAGCAAAAUGGAGAAUAAGGACUCGGAAAAUGAGAAGAACACUGAAGAAGACGAUGUGGCAGCGGUAAGACAAUCGAACCUGGAAAUGACAUGAAGGGGUCGAGUGUCGUAAAGCACAACAAUAAACGUAAAGGAAAAGAACAAAGAAAGGCGAGAAAGAGGAAGUGAGAAAGAGAGAGUGACUAAGGCUGAGUUUCUUUGAGUUUUGCACUUGACUUGUUAAUUAAGAAAGCAGCGAGAAAUUUUCAGACUAAUUACAGGCGUAGCGAGGCAAAAGUAGUGUACUGCGGAAUUGUGUUCAUCACUUAGUUGGAAGUGCAUGUUGAUUGGUACAGUUGUUCAGGAAACUUCUGCCAUUCUACGAGACGUUUUGUGUCGCAAGUGGUUGUCUUUAUGGAUUGGGUGUCUGCAAGCGUGCUUGCUCUUCUCCUCUGGCAUACGGCGUAUGGCAUACCUGCCGUGGGUUACGGUCUGUAACGUGUGUCUCGUGGAAUAUCUCUACCGGUGUUUACUUGAGGCGCUGUGCACCUCUCGUAGUCAGGAAUUAACUUCGCUUCUCGCCAAGAUUAUAUUCAUCAAUUUUUUUCCAUUUCUGUUUUUUCUUGAAGGCGGCUCGCAAAGCUCGUAACCGCCUGAGCUCAGCCCAGCUGACUGCACCUGCAGGGGAUGGAACAGAGGGCGGCGGAAGGAGCCACAGGAGACGACCUACAGUGAGCAGACGUCCAUCAGCCAGGCUGGUCGAGGAAGACGAAAAAGUCGUCAAGGAAGUUGAGGAUGAGGUGAAAACAGAGAAAGUAGAAAAACUCAAAUUGGCUAAGGAUGAAGUUGAAGGAAAGCCGCUGCCUCAGUUGGUCGUCCCAACUAAAGUUGGUACGUCAACUUUUUGUUUUUUUCAAGUAUUAAUUUGUUUGAAACGAAAAUCAAAUCAUAUUUCUCUGAGAGAGAAGUUAUGUUCAACAUUGGUUACAACAGUAGGACAAAUUAAAACCCUUGCAAGUUCGAAUCUGUCGCCAAAUGCCAUUAACCGAGCAAACUUUUUCAGAGAGUUUAGUUAUCAAAUUUUCUUGGAUCAUAUUUAUUAUCAACUCAUGAGUUUCAUUUCAAGGCGAGUCUUAUUGCAAGCCCAGGUAACGUCUGUCAUUUGUGGGCUUAAUUUUAUUACUUAGCUUUAUUUGUUCUACAUUUUGGUUCUCAUUCAGAAUUCAACGAUUUGGAGAUGAAGACCUCAGGGUUGAAGCACCUAGGCAAGGAUCGCGCUCGGCCCCCACAGAAAAGGCGCCUCCCCACCCGACCCUCCAACAGACCAGCUGUCGCUCAGGACGAGAGUAAAGACGAUGAAAGUAUCGAGGCAUUUUGGAGCAAGACAGAGCAAGAGUAAGUGUCUUUGUGUGUCUUCUUUUUGCCUUCGUUUGACACUGUAGCCUGAGAUCUCGGUCUUUCGUUUGUGAGAAACAACCAUUGAACACAUAACUGUUAUUUUCACUAACAUUUUCAAGAACUUAAUGUUCCGGUCAGGCUGUUAAUUUUCUUGUCUUUAAGAGUUUUGAGAUGAAGCUCCGCCAUGCAGAGUGUCCCAGUUUCCUUUUGGUUAGCACGCUAGACUCCUGACUGAGAGGUCUAAGUCUGAGUCCUGGCCGAUCCAUGACUUCGCGUUGUCCGUGAAAGCAUAUCGCUGUUACAGUGCCUCUGUUGAGGGGGAAGGGGGUAGAGGGGUCGUUUGUUUACCCUGUGAUAAACUAGCAUAUUACCCAGGGGCAGUAACAGUACUCCCAGUCACUUCAUGCUCUGGAGACAAGUGUAAGCUCCGAAAGUAAGGGCCCACUUAAUUUGUUUAGGUUUCCGUGAUCAAAGUUUGAUCUAAGUCAUCAAACAAAGAAAUACGUUAUAUUUUCCUGUCGGAAAAAGAGAUCAGUUGACCAAAAGCAUUUUAAGAGGCUUCAUGUAAUUCAUGUGUUUUAAGCACUGCUUCAAAUUUGGAAAAGGUAGCGUACUGUUGUGUGCGGCAGAUCACUUUGUACCUGCCUAUUUCAAUUUAUCUGUUCUUGUAAAAAGAAACCUUAUUUCGAAGUUAACUUCAAGUUCUUUUUCAGGCCGCCGAAAGUUGAAGUUACUCCUGAGAAAACCCCACGGAAGACAUCAACAACUAAACCGUCACCGGCAGCAACCCCAAGCAAAACACCACCUCCUAAACCAGCACCAAAACCGAAACCUUCACCCAAGGCCAAAGAUAACGAGGUAAAAAGUUACGGAUUCGCCAUUAAAUACGAGAAGUGCGAGAGUCAUAAAACCUUAUUUAGAUAUUCUCUUAAAUAACUUCCUUUCAUUAACCCUUCGAACCUUUUUUGGAGAGUUGAGGCGACGGGGUCGGCUGUGAAUCGAGGUGAACUCCGAUGAGUUUCUCACAAUUACAAUUGUUUAAACGAAUUUAAGGAAGACCGUCUCAUUUUCUACCAGCGCGUAACUCCAUCCGGGCAGGUAAUAAGUUCUAUGGGAUAUAUCGUUCUGUGUACGUCCACCGAAUAUGAUCUAUAGAGAUCGCGCUGAAUUGAAAGAGCGGCUAGUAACAAAAGUCAUUCUUCGACUCAGAACUGUUAUUAUCCGAAAACAAAAACCUUGUAAAUAGAACAAAAGAGAUGGUAAGUUUUGAGCUCGGUGAAGAAAGAGAGAAAGAUGUUUUUCGUCUAGUCACAAAGAAAAAAUUUUGAGUCCCUAAUGAGGAAUCCUUUAUACACAGAUAUCGAUAAAACUAACGACGUUUUUCAGCUCAGCAAUCAUUAUUAAAAUUAACGGCAACGAUGCUUGCUUUAACGGCUUAUUGUUUCAACCAGUUACGACGUCUUAACCCUUUAACUCCCAGAAGUGAUUAACAUGUGAUUUCUCCCCAUGAUAUCCAUACAUUAACCAGCAAGCAGGUAAUAAGAAUACCCAAACUUGUCAGGUUAAAGUUGCUAUCUUGAACUAACACCAAAUUCGAGCAGCUAUUUCACUAGGAAAUGUGUAGCAGCUAGAGGGGAGAAUUAACGAUCAGAUCCUUGGGAGUUAAAGGAUUAAAGAACCUAUGUUGGCCAAUCCCUGUCAAAUUUUGAUGUGUUAUUAUGGGAUUUUAAUUUUUCGUUGAUUUUGUUCAUCUUGGUUUGGUCUUUGUCUUCUACAGGAACAUAAAAAGUCGAGUUGGAUGCCGAAAGGGUCAGUGAAGAUUCACUUGUUUUUCAUAUAGUAUUGCGUUGGAAGAGAUUGUAGGCCGUGAACAAAGGCAGUUCUGUCGUAGCUCGUGAGAAAGGAACGUGCGCAAUGUCCACCAGCAUAGUUGUAGAAUGGAACCUGGCUUUUAUCUGAAAUUGAACACGAAAAAAAAAAAAGCAAACAUGUCUAGUUCUUUUGGUCGUAAUUUCACUCUUCAUGUCAAAUUAAUAGUUUUCCUGAUGCGCUUUCGCCUGCUCUGUGUCAGUCAUCGCUCCCCUAUUUCCUUUUUCUGACUGUUUAUUUGUUAUAGAAGCCAAUUCAGCGUUUUCAAUGUUUGUCAUUUGUUCUUUUGAACAGUGGUAUAAGUCUUCCAGGGUUUCUUAAGAAGAAACAAAGCAGAGAUCGCGCACUAACUGCGCCGAGCACGGGCGAAGGAAAAUCCACGGCCUGGUACACAGACAACAGCAAACAGACUGGUAAACACAACAGUGAUUGUGAGAUAUAUUUACACAAACUUAUCUUUUCAAGUAGGUUCAUUGCAAAGACGCGUUAAGUCGCUUGUGUAAAAGCUUUGGAAAGAUCUCGAAACAGGCUUGUUACUGUUAAAUAAUUAAGCCAUCGAAAACUUAGCGGUAAGCUAAAUCAUAAGUUAGGCUCCCACUUAUGAUGCAAAUUUAUCCAUAAACCAGAAUCAUUAUUGCUUGAUUCUUUUUGGAGCAUGGUCGGUCGUUACUCUUUGUUGUAGCUGUUCAGGCGACUUUCCCAGCCAUAUUCCUCAAUCUUACUCCUUCACUGCCCACAUAAUUCCUGUAGUUUCUUUUAAAGCACAACUUCGAAUAUUGAAUACUGAGAGAAGAUAGGGUUCUUUUCGGUGACGCAUUUUGAAGCUCUUGCGACGAUCACAAAUUCAAAUCAUGUCCACGCUGUAACUCCCAACGACUGAUUUAUUUGACUCUUUUCUAACCUCUGUUUAUUUGUACAGCUUCGGGAAAUAUUUAUUUUAUUUUUCUCAGAUACUGAAAAAAAGAAAAAUCAGGCCUCUCCAAAGGAAGAGCACAAAGCCUCGAAAGAGAAGAUACCCUCUGGAAAGAAGCCAGACGUGUCUAAAGAAAGAGUGCCUUCUGACAAGAAAGCUGAACAGCCAGCAGAGAAGGCGACUCCAGAACCAGCAGCCCCUACAGAAAAGGUUCCCUUGGACAAGGAGCCUGAAGUCACUAAGGCAAAGACACCCAUUGAAGACAAACCCGAGGUAACCAUAGAAAAGAGAAGUGUUGAAGAAAAUGACGCGGUGUCAAAAGAAAGAGCUCCUUCACUGACUAAACGAGAAAGAACUCCGACAGCAGAGAAAAUUGUAGGCACUAAACCACCCAUCAUGGGCGUCAAACCAUUUGCUUUUCCUCGUGAUAGGACCGGGACGGGGCCAUCCGCGCAGUCUCGUGUUGGGGGAUCCACACCUGAGAAGGAUGCAUCAAAGCCUGCCUCAGAGGAGCCUGCUGCUAAGCUGCGUGGGCCUCCCAAAUUUGGAAUAGGAAUAGGUGGAGCUGCCGGUGGAGGACUGUUGGCUGAAAUGAAACAGAGGCAAGAGAGGGCGGCCAGCUUAGGAAGGGUAAGAACAACUGAGGUUAUUUUAUUGAUUUAUACAACAAUGUUGUGAUGAUGACAAAAAAUAUUCCUCUGAUGAUCACUGUCGAUAUUUUAUACUUCUUCUACGAGUUAGGAACGAAGAAAAUAUCACAGUUCCCCAUAACAUCCUUUAAGGAUUCGAACUUCGAACCCCCCAGCUGUUUUUAAACCAUGUUGAACCCUCCGUUUGCUCUAUCAUCGUAGUUAUUGUUUGUAACAUAACAGCUUACAUUGUUCGCUUUUUUUACAGAAAGUAACAGAUAAACCAGCCGAAAGUAAAUCCUCUGAACCAGACAAGGGUUCGAAGCCUGCUCCUGCAAUCGGGAGUAAAGAGGUAGCCCCGCAAAUUGCUAAAGAAGGACUUGUCAAACCGUCAUCCUUCAAGAGCUCGAGACCCAGGUUGCCGUCUGGUACUCCGCCAAAACCCGCUCCUCGGCCUGGUAAGAAGGACUCCAGGAAAGAAUCAAGGGAAGAACCGAAAGACGAAAAUAAAGAGAAGGAACCGGAAGUGAAAAAAGAAGUUCAACCGGAAGCUAAAGAAGACGUUAAACAGGAAGUACUGAAGAACGGAAAACCCAAAGAAACGAAAGAGAUUCCAUCGGAAACAAAACAAUCGGAAAAAAGGGAAGAACUAGAUGGGAAAGUAGAAAAAGUGGAAAAGGUGGAGGAAAAGGAGAAACCUGAAGAAGUUACAGAGAAAGGUGUGGUGGACGACCGGAAGGAGACGGAUAAGGAAGAUAAGAAGGAGGUUAAUACAGAGGGAAAUGAAGAGACGCCAAGUGAAAGAGCACAGGAACAGACGGAGAAAGUUGACCAGAAGGUACAAGAUGUUAACAGCGAGCUAGAGAAGGUAGACAGUGCGAAGAUGGAAGAAGAGGUUAAAGAGAAAGAUAACAGCGGGUCGGCCGUGGUAAAAGACGAUUUGUGGGUUGCUCGUGAGAGUGGCAAAGAAGCUUUAAGACCAGGGGGGCGGUCCAUGUCACUGAAGGUGCAACGGACCACAUCUGGAACAGAGAAGACAGCUAUGCGGUCCGCGACUCUACCUAAACCCUGGUCGCCUGGUCAAGCUCCUUCCAAUAUGCUGUCUAGGAAGUUAAGCUGGGACAGGGCAAAUGCUGGGGAAGAAGACGGCAGACGGACAAAAAGAAGUGCGAGUAGCAGCGAUGAAGGCAUCCCAGAAGUCUCCGAGGAUCAAAUUUCAAAAUCGUAAGUUGGACAAAAAAGAGCCGUUUGAGAAUUCAUGAAAUAAAAUGGUAGAGAAAUUCAAGAGGUAUUCAGAGGAGUCCCUUUUGAAAGAGUUAGGACUGGGAUUGAGUGACCAUGGGUGGAAGUAUCUGAUCUCACACUGCAGUUUUGUUCCUCUUUAGGUCCUCCGCUGACCCCGGAGAAGCCGAAGAGCAAAAAGACAGCAAACUCGCAGAUAAGACCACGACAACGAACGGCUCGAUUCCUAAAAGUCCUGAUGCGGCUAAAUUGGAGGAGUUAUUAAACUCAGAUGGCGACACAGUGCUUUGAAAGGUUUUGUGAGGCUUUUGUGAAUAUCGAUGCGAGUGAAUGCUGCUAGAUUGGUAGUAAGGGACUGUCCGUGAUAUUUUUGGAGUGGGGGAUGGCGAUUGAAGAUAUUUUGAGGGGAAAAAAAUUUCCGUCUUUUCGAGGCAAAGGAGUAUUUUCCGGUUGCUUCUUUCGUCUGAUCAUAUUUUCGUCCACGAACAGUUUCUUUUUUUUCGUCAUAAAGUAAGUUGUUUUCGACAUUUUUCAUUCCCACUUCAAUGGCCGUUCCCCAGACAAAAAUCAACAGGUGUACAUGUUGUUAUAUUUUUAUUUAGAUUAAUUUAAUUCUAAUAUUUUUCGAUUAAAAAAAGAUUGUCUUGAUGCCGAAUACGACUACCAUUAGACUCCUUACAUCGUUCGCUAUAAGCAGUUAUUUCUACAGUUUCUCUGUGAAAGGUUAGUUUCUGUGUGUUGUACAAUGGCACAGAAGUGAAACGAUCGACGGAAGAGCUUUUGAAUUGUUUGGAUUUUAAACAGAAAACUGUAAUUUAAAUCGAAUCAAAUGCAGGUAUCGGCUUUCUGGAAAAAGCGUAUGAAAAAAAGAUUAAAAGAGUCUUGCAGUUUACGAUAUUUACUUCAAACUUCAGUUGUUUAGUUUACUUGUUGCAUGUUCAUUACUCAUUGUUUAUCUUAGCACGGGCCAAACUGUAACGAAAAAGAGUGCGUCAUGUCAUUUUGGGUCGUUUGGCUACGAUGUAAAUUCUCUUAAAAACCAAGCUUUAAUUGAUUAUGUGUGGAUGAAGAAAAAUUCCAUUGCGGCGCCAUUAAACAAGAAUAGAACCUGGAUAAACAUGAAUGCAAAUUGGAUGUUGGGAUAGAGUUAAGUAUUAUUCUUUAGCAAACCACCGUAUACGUUGCUUCGUUUGAAUUACAUUUAAUUUUUCUCCCCUGGGUAAUCGUGACUAUGCUUGAAAAAGUUGAGAACCUUUAUUAAGAGGUCAAUAUUAGUUCAGCCUAAAUUCAUCAGUUAAGUAGACAACCCUCGCUGAUUUAAGGCGCGAUUAACAUGAAUUGCCAUUUUGGUUUUUUAACAUGAUUAUCCCGCCAGUCUGUAUUUUAUAUUUUUUCUACCUUUUGUAUUUAAUUUGACUUAUGUCAAUUUUCACAAGACGGCUGAAAAAUUCUUGCUCAGAUAAAAAUAAUUCAACAACCAUGAACAGAAAAUCACACCACCGGCAUCUGGUCACGCAACUUUUUCAGUGACCACUGCGUGACAAGGCUUUUAACGACCUGAAAGAGUUUUCUGCAAAAUCGCGGAGGGACGUAUAAUAAUAGAUAGAAAUAAGGCCAAUUUAGCUUUAUAUUCCAUGCUUUAAACAGAUUGCAUCGAAGUGUAUUUACAAAUGUAGGUAGGAUAAGAAUAAACGGUGGAUUUUUAUAAUUUCACGUGGUUUGUUAAAUUUAUUACACUGCGCUGGUAUAUGAGAC